AUGUCUAAGGCCAAUUAUUCUAACGUGGCUACGUUUUACGUUGGCAAAUCUGUGUUUAUAACUGGUGGUACUGGAUUUGUUGGUAAGACUUUAAUAGAAAAGUUGCUGUACAGCUGCAGCGGGAUUGACAAAAUUUAUGUCCUAGUACGUGAUAAGUAUGGGAAACAGGCCAGUGAACGACUGGCUCGCAUUACUAGCACGCCAGUUUUUGAUAGAAUAAAAAAAAGUGGAAACGAGGCCCUGAAAAAGAUUGUGGUCAUCAGCGGGGACAUUACGCGUGAAAAUCUUGGACUACAGGAUGAUGUUUUAAAAACAUUGGAGAAUGAGGCCUUUGUUCACGUUUCGACUGCAUUCACGAACUCAGAUCGAAAGGAAAUAAACGAAGUAGUGUAUCCAAUGCCAAUUAAUUUAGAAGAAGCAAGACAUGUUGCCGAUAGGUAUUCACAUGACGACGCGAUCGUUAGUGCAUUUAUGGGAAGGAAGCCUAAUACGUACACUUUCUCAAAAGCUUUGGCCGAACAACAAGUUAUGAAGCAGUGCGAAGACUUACCGGCUGCCAUCGUCAGACCCUCCAUAGUGAUGUCUUCCAUUAAGGAACCCUGUCCUGGAUGGAUAGACACGUGGAAUGGUUCUACGGGAUUAUUCGUCGGUAUGCCAGCUGGAGUCUUAAGAGUUGUACUGGGGAGGGGAAAUAACAUCACAGAUUUAGUACCUGUUGAUAUCGUCACAAAUCUCAUUGUUGUAGCCGCUACUGAAUGUCAGAAGUCAAAAGAAAUUAAAGUGUACAACUGUUGUACUGGAACCUCGAACCCCAUCACUUGUGAUGAAGCGAGCACUAUUAGCAGAAAAGUGGCGCUCAAGUACUCUUUGAGUCGAACGGAUUGUCAGACGGAUUAUCUGAUGAUAAGCAAUCAGCGCCGCCGAUGGACACCAGCAAUACCAAAGCAGUUACUAGUGCAUUGCCGGUUUUUUAGGGAUAACGGUUUUGGAUAUUUAAAGAUUGGGAAGGACUGGGGCACGGGGAGGGAUUGGGACUCUGGUAACUUCACUCACACGGCGAGACACAACGCUGUGGUUGUUUCUGUGAGGCCGUGGUAUCAUUUCGGUCAAGCCAACCCAUUCAGGCCGAAGUUUGGCUCUCCCACACUUAUAGCUGUUAAAAUAAACUUCAAUAGUGUUUUGUACGUCAUUGAAAUCUAUAUUCAAACCCUUGGCUAG